AUGGCAAGACUGCGGAGGAAAGCUUGCAUAGCUCUGUUUCUCUUUUCGCUGUUCAUCUUCGGCACUAUGAUGGGACUGAGGACACUAAAGCCCAGUGACGGGUUCUCGGAUCUGGCCCCGGGCUUGGAGCUACUGCCGAUGAUAGGGGGGAAGAUGGACCGGCGCUCCGUGUCCCGCGACACCACCGUGUCUCAGGGUCAAGCCCAACUGGCUGGCAGCAACACCAAAGCAGUUUUAUCAAACUCUGGUCCUGAGGGGACAAUAUUUUAUGAUGUUCAUAUUUUUUAUUACGUGUGGUACGGGAGCCCACAUAUGGACGGUAAAUACAUCCACUGGGACCACAUCUUGGUUCCACACUGGGACCCUAAAAUCGCAUCCAGCUACCCGAGAGGGAGACACAUGCCGCCUGAAGACAUCGGCGCCAGUUUCUACCCAGAACUUAACCCGUACAGCUCGAGGGACCCGGACGUGUUGGAGUCCCACAUGGAGCAGAUCGGUGCAUCUGCGGCAGGGGUUCUGGUGUUGUCCUGGUAUCCUCCUGGCCUGGCUGACGACAACGGGGAACCUGCUGAGGAUUUGGUACCAGCUGUACUGGAUGCUGCCUAUAGACACAACCUCAAGGUUGCAUUUCACAUCCAACCAUACAGAGGACGAAAUGACCAGAGUGUGCACGACAACAUCAAGUAUAUAAUUGACAGGUAUGGUGACCAUGGAGCCUUCUACAAGUUCACCACCAGCACAGGGAAGAGUCUUCCUCUAUUUUACAUCUACGACGCCUACCUGACCCCUCCAGAGUCCUGGUCUGAAUUUCUGUCUACCACUGGCUCCCACAGUGUGCGCGGCUCAGACUAUGACUCCAUCUUCAUUGCCCUGAUUGUGGAGGAGCGCCACAAGCAUGACAUCCUUGCAGGUGGCUUUGAUGGCAUGUACACUUAUUUUGCAUCCAACGGCUUCUCGUUUGGCUCCUCUCACCAGAACUGGAAGGCCAUCAAGGCCUUCUGCGAUGGCAACAAUCUCAUCUUCAUCCCCAGUGUGGGACCCGGCUACAUUGACACCAGCAUCCGGCCGUGGAACAACCACAACACCCGCAACCGGGUCAAUGGCCGUUACUAUGAGACGGCCCUGCAGGCAGCGCUGAACGUGCGGCCAGAGAUUGUCACCAUAACAUCGUUUAAUGAAUGGCACGAGGGGACGCAGAUAGAGAGGGCGAUGCCUAAAAAAACUGUCACCCGUGUGUACUUGGACUAUCAGCCACAUGGACCUGAUCACUACCUGGAGCUGACCCGGCGCUGGGCAGAGCAGUUCAACAAAGAGAAGGAGCAAUGGCUCAUGUGA